GACUCCUGACUUUGUUGUGCAUACCGGUUCAUGCGCACGACGGACAUGAUCACGACAUGCAGAUGCCUCUGGAUUACGUCCGAUUCCCAUAUCAGGCCGCUUAUCCGGGAGACAACGGAGUGACCGCGGAUUCCGUCUUUUCCGGCAUCACAACCUUCGCCAAACUGCCGUGGGUGCAGUGCUUAGGAAAGGACAGAGAUGAAUACUUCGACAUUGCCUUUAUAGGUGCACCGUUCGACACCGGGACGUCUUACCGCCCUGGGGCACGUUUCGGCCCCGCCGGAAUCAGGGCUGGCUCACGCCGCCUCACUCUCUACGGUGGUUAUAACGUUCCUCUUGCUGUCAACCCUUUCCUCUCUGGGCUGAAGGUGGUCGAUUGCGGGGAUAUCCCCGUUACACCUUACGACAACGCGUUCGCUAUCAAGCAAAUGGAAGAGGGCCACAAGGCGCUGCUCCAUCGUCCCACCUUCUCCCCGCUCGGGAAUGACUCUGUCACAGGAAAGCCCCUCGUGCCUAUUUCUGCCGAUGGCAAGCACCACCCGCGUGUCAUCACUCUCGGUGGCGAUCACACCAUUGUGCUACCCCUCUUGCGCUCUAUCCACACGGCUUACGGCGCCAUUUCUGUCAUCCACUUCGAUUCGCACCUCGAUACUUGGAAGCCGCAGGUUUUCGGCGGUGCGCCGUCCGAGCAGGCCGCAAUAAACCAUGGCACGUAUUUCUACUGGGCUAGCCAAGAAGGUCUCAUCAAGAACGGCUCAUCAAUUCACGGUGCGAUUCGGACGACACUCUCGGGACCAGCGGACUACGUCAACGAUGAUGCGUCUGGCUUUCAGCGCAUCGAGGCGCGGGAGAUCGAUACCAUUGGCACUGACGGCAUUAUCAAAAAGAUCCGCGAGACUGUCGGCGACAAGCCCGUGUACCUCUCGAUUGAUAUCGACUCGAUUGACCCCGCGUUCGCGCCGGCAACGGGCACGCCUGAGACUGGCGGGUGGUCCACACGCGAGCUACGUACCAUUCUCCGUGGGCUCGACGGCUUGCACAUCGUGUCUGCCGAUAUCGUCGAGGUCGCGCCCGCUUACGACACCAACGCAGAGCUGACCACCAUGGCAGCGGCUGACGUGCUGUACGAAGUGCUCAGCGUGAUGGCCAAGACGCCACUUGGCAAGGUGGCCGACUAGCGUCUUCACACUUACGCUGAUCGGUGACGGUCGACUGGUCAGCUUAGUAUUGCAAACAAGGUAACUUCCAUUUGUUCUCUCUUUAUCUAGCCGUAUCGUCUAGUCAUGUCUCAUCUUGCAUCCGCAUGGUGUGUGCACACGACCCUUACGCAUGCCUCUACAUUUAUUCGCAUGUUGUACCAUUGAUGAAGCGAUGAAUUUGUAUUACAAUGGGCCACGCAAUAUUCUCCCGAAUACGACUACCCCGAAGAAUAGUCACGUGGACCCAGCGUUCGAAUUUGAAUGGGGAAAAGGGUUCCGAACUCCUUAUUGCAUGUCAGUAACGAAUUUGGCCACCGUCUCAAAGUAGCGCUCUGGUUCCUCAAAGAAUGGCACGUGGGCACUGUGAGCAAACGGAACCCAUUUGACCUUGAGGAUACCGUUGAACCACGGCUGCUGGGCCUCCCAGUUGCCCCAGUCGUGCAUGCCGGACACAACGAGAGUAGGGACAGAAAUUUUGUCUGCCUUGCCCUUCCAGUCGCGCAACGUACCCGUGGGCUUGAGUUUAUACUCCCCUGCCAUGGCCUUGGAGAGGGUUGGGUCGUCUAUCAAAGCCUUCACGCUGUCCGCAUACAGCUUCGGCCAAGGUUUCACUCUGCAGAUGUGUUUCUCGAAGAACUCCUCCCAGACUUUAAGGUACUCCGGGUCGUCGAGUCUGCCCUCGUCCUCGCAUUUCACAACCAUGUCAACCUUGUCGGGCCAGCCCUCCUUGAGUAGCCUCCUUGAGCAGUGGUGCCAGCGUUCCACGCUCGCAGGCGCAUCGACAAGAACGAGCCUGCGAAGGCCCGCGGGCUGGCGCAUCGCGACGUACUCUGACGAGAGCAUACCACCCCAGGAGUGCCCAAGCAGCAUGAAGCUAUCGGCGAUGCGGAGGUGAGCAAGGAGCGCAUCAAGCUCGGUGAAGAAGAGCUCGAAGGUGAAGUAGUCUGAGGUCUUGUCGCGCAGAUGUGUCGAUCGACCACACCCGACCUGCUCGUAGAUGACGAUCGGUAUGUGAUACUUUUCGUGCAGUACGACGUGUGUCUCCGUGCCGAGCGGCUGGCCGGGACCGCCGUGGAGCGUGACGAGCGGUGCGGGGACGGACUUCAGGUCGCCGACGACCUUGUACCAUGUCGUGAACUGUUCGCCUUGGUAGGACCAGGUCAGGUAUCCAGUGCUCUCAGCCAUGGUCUUCAGACAGCGAGGAA